AAACGAUGACGGAGAACAUGAUGGAGAGUGUUCCCCUCUCCAUGGAGGAGCGAGCAAAUCUUGAGCAUAGUCGCCGACGUGGGAAGCGACAGAGAGCAUUUGAUCCACCAUUGGAGGAGGCUUUGGAUGGCUUGUCGAUUGUCUCGGAGAAAUAGCAGCCCACGAAAGCAAUGGAUAUCACGGAGGCAUCUAGGAAACUAGAAAGACCAAAAGUGUCUUACCGUGAUAAGCUCACCAAUGCGGCUGGGCAUGAGGAUGAGUGGAAAGAUUGGGGAGAAAUAGGGGAAGGGAAUGAUCCGCUAUUGGAGAGCUUCGAGGCUACUAACGGUAAGGUGCUUAAGAUGGAUUAUGCAACCAAGCAUGCUGUGAGGGGGAAAUAUGCUAAGGUAUGUGUAGAAAUAGACCUCACCAAAAAACUCCCUGGUGUUGUUUAUGUGGAUGGAGAUAGCAAUGGUUACCCGGUUGCUUAUGAAGGCCUAGAUAAAAUAUGUUUUGAAUGUGGCUGGUAUGGGCACCGGCGGGAGGAGUGCAAAUUGACCCAGGAGAAGAACACAACACAGGAAGCUACGAGACUUGCUCAAGCAAAUGAAUUGAACCAGGCACCGGCUAAGCAACACAUGAGAGUAUUGGCAGAUCAGAAUAAGGCUACUUUGGCGGCAGGACCGACGACUGCUCCACCAGCAGCGGAGCGGGCUGCUAGGGUGAAUCAAGUCCAGGGAGGAAAUAAAUCGAGUGGAGGUAGCAAAUCAAAAGGUGGGAAUGGUAUUGUAGGAAAAAACUUCAAUGGAGAAUUGGUUAAAUCUAUUAGAAAUGGAGGUUCCAGUCAAGCAACGGCUAAGGCCCUAAAUCUGACGAUUAAAUGGCAACAAAAAAGGAAAGUUGUUGCUGUGGCGGAAAAAAGCCCUGAGGCUCCUACUAAGGCCCAAAAUCUAAGUGGGCCAGGUGAAACUUCUAUAGCUGCAACCAAUUCCAUGAAGCUACCCAAAGACUUUCGAGUGGACCUACCUAGUCUUACUUCAAUUCGCAAACAAAGACAGCAGCCUAAGAAAUUAGGGAAGAGCCCACAAGUGAAAAUUGCGUUUACUAAGCCUACAUCUGAUUCUAAGGGGGUAGCAUCAUUAAAAAACUUACCGCCACUGGGUUUUCAUGAGGACGAUGGCCUUUUUGUUUUCAGCAGGACUCAAGAUGCAAACCUAACCAUCACAAAAGAUGGGUUUGUCCCAGUGAUGGAGGUUCUUAUGCAACAGGAAACCACUUUGAUGGAACAAGACACUACAUCAGCUUUGCUUAGUGACAGACAACAUUUGCAAGUCAAUGAGAAAGCUAUGAGCGUCGAACGAGUAGAGGUGAUGCUUUUGACUCAGUGGGGUGCAGCAAGCAAGGGAUUUUUGCGGACUGCACAAGAAUUGAUUAAAAAACACAAACCAGAUAUUUUUAUUAUUGCUGAGCCAAGAAUUAGUGGCACUACUGCAGAUGAUAGAAUUAAUGAUCUAAGGUUUGAUGAGUCUGUUAAAGUAGAUGCUAAAGGCUUUUCAGGUGGUAUUUGGAUUCUAUGGAAUAGAACUAUUAGGGAUAUAACAAUUCUAGACUGCUUCUCACAAGCAAUUACUUUACUUGUCAAGCAAGCUCAUAGGGAUCCAUGGCUACUGUCAGCAAUUUAUGCUAAUCCUGUACCAACCAUUCGAGAGAAGUUAUGGCAACAUCUAGAACAGUUCACUUAUACAGACAGUUUGCCAUGGCUUUUACUUGGAGAUUUCAAUCAUAUUAUAUCAAGUGAUGAGCAUUCUAAAGGACGAGUCACAGGGCUUCGUGGGGCAUCUCUUAUGAUGAGCUUUAUGCAAAAUAAAGGUUUAAUUGACUUAGGUGCUGCAAGGUGCAAAUAUACAUGGACUAAUAGACAACUUGGUGGCCACCUAAUGAUGAAAAGAUUGGACCGAGCUUUAUCAAAUGUUUCUUGGAGGGUUUUGUUUCCAGAGGCCUUUGUACAGAAUUUGCCACGCACAAGGGGGGACCACUGCCCUAUCAUCUUGAAUACUAAAGGGCUUGAUAUUCCUUGUCGCAACCAUCGACCUUUUCGGUUUGAGGCGGCAUGGUUAACGCAUCCUUCCUUCAAAAAUUUGUUGGUUAAUUCAUGGAACCCUGAUGUUUCCUUACAUAAUGCUCUUAACAUCUUCAUGAGGGAAGUGCAGAAUUGGAAUCAACAAGUUUUUGGCAACAUUUUCCAUCGGAAGCGUAGACUGCUUGCUAGAUUAUAUGGAGUGCAAAAAUUGCUUGAAACUCAACCCCGACCAUCUUUGUUUGCCUUAGAGACUCAUCUUCUAAAGGAGUACAAUGAUACCCUACAGCAGGAAGAACUUCUUUGGUUUCAAAAAUCUAGGUCAAAGUGGGUACAAUUUGGAGAUCGCAACACACGUUUCUUUCAUAGCACAACAGUUAUCAAAAGAAGAAAACAAAGGAUUCUAGCCUUGAAAAGAGAUGACAAUACAUGGUGUUUUGAACCGAAUGAACUGCGUAAUUUGGUGGUUAAGUUCUUCAAGACUUUGUAUUCAUCAUCUGAGCAGGUUCUUGAUCCUAUGACAGUUAUGAACUUUCCGCGAUGUGGGCGGUUAAGUGCUGAGCAGUACCAGCAACUCAUAAUACCAAUUUGUGAUGAAGAAAUCCAAAAAGCUAUUUUCUCGAUGGACCCCUACAAAGCACCGGGUGAUGAUGGAUUCCAACCAAUCUUUUUCCAAGCAAAUUGGGAUAUUAUUGGUGCUAGUCAGAAAGUAAAUGCUAGCAAGUCAAAGAUCUUCUUUUCUCCAAAUACAAACCAAGGAUUAAUUGAUGAGAUCACUCAAUUUUCGAGGAUAGAAGCAACAGAUGACCUUGGUCGCUACUUGGGUGUUUCUUUACAUCACAAGAGAGUUACUAGGGCGACCUAUUAUGACUUGCUUCAUAAAGUUAAAACCAAGUUAUCAAGCUGGAAGGCUGCACAAUUAUCUUUUGCAGGACGCCAAGUGCUAAUUAAAUCAGUAUCUUCCACAGUUGCAAACCAUGCCAUGCAGUCUGCAAAGCUUCCUAAUGCUGUGUGUAUGGAUAUUGAUAGAGCCAAUAGGGAAUUUUUAUGGGGAGGAUCGGAUGACAAACGUAAAAUUCCACUAGUUCGAUGGGAUGUGGUCUGUACCCCUAAAGAGUUUGGUGGCUUAGGAUUUAGAUCAACCUCUUCCAUGAAUUUAGCAUUGCUAUCCAAAGUAGGAUGGAAGCUUGCAACUGAGUCAGAGCCACUGUGGAUUCAAAUACUAAAGGCUAAAUAUUUCCCUAAUUGUGAUUUUCUUCAAGCAGAGUCUAAACAAAAUGCAUCAUACACAUGGAAGGGCAUUUUAGCAACUCAAGAAUUGGUCUCCAUGGGCAUGGGUCACAUGGUUAACUCAGGAAUGAAUACAUCUUUUUGGCUUAAUAGCUGGCUUACUGAUAGACCUUUAUUUUUUGUAGCUACUGGCCCCAUUCCUGAAUCUGAGUUACGAAAGAUGGUGACCAACAAUAAAGAGUCUAUGCUGAAGAAUCAUUUCAUAGAGGCUGCUUGCCUUUUGAAGCAACAUCAUGCAAGCUUGAGAAGGGAAUUUCAAGUAGGUUGGGAUCCUCCACCAACUAGAUUUGUUAAGUUAAAUGUUGAUGGUUCUGCUCGCAGUUCACCUAGCCUUUCAGCGGCUGGAGGCUGUUGCCGUGACGCAUUAGGAAAUUGGUUGUUUAGCUUCAAUCAACAGCUAGGUGAUGGCCACGCCAUUCGUGUAGAACUUUUUGCUUUAUGGAAAGGCAUGGAGCUAGCUUGGAACAUGGGGUUUCAACAUGUUAUUGUGGAGACAGAUUCUCUUUUAGCUGUUCAAAAAUUGCAAAGGGGAGGUUUCCUUUACUUUGAACAACCCCCUGAUGUGGUUCGAUCUCUUCUUCAAGAAGAUAAUUUAGGAAUUGUAGGCCAUGUGCCACUAGAUAAUCCAAUGCUGAAGAACAGGGCAGGUGGACUUUUCAUUCAAGGAUUGGACCUCUUCUCCAGGGGAAUGCGCAAAGAAAAUCAAAAUGGGGUGAGGAAAUGAACGCAUCGGGUGGGUAUACUUGUAUUGGAGUGGUAAUUAUCUAGCUCCAGAGAUUGUAAAGAAGGAAUAAACCAAGAAUGCAUGUGGUUUUGAAUACCUAUUGUAUUUUAUAUUAAUAAAUUUUUUGUUGUUAA